UGUUCAUGCAAGUCCACCCCUCACGGUCAAGAACUGCGUUCCACCUUCGAAAAAAUCCUGAAAUAUUGUAUUUUUUUUUCAUACUAUGUGGCAUUUAAACGGAUGAAAAAAUUACGUUUAAUAUUACAAGUUCGAAGAUGCGUUUCUUUUCGAAAUAAAUAGCGUAAUUUUGGUAAUUGACGUUAUGUCGUGCGAGGAAAGCUACUUAGCCAUCAGACGCUAUCUGACUGAUGAGCGGGAGCCGUACGCGCCUGGGACUCAUGGCAAUACUAAAAGAAAGAUUCGUAAAGCAGCCGCUUGCUAUGUCGUGCGGAAUGGCACACUGUAUUACCAGAGAAGGCAGAAAGGCCUGGAUGAAUUCACCGAGUUGGAAGUGGUGUUGCAGGCUGGUCGGAGGAAGGAACUUAUCGACGAGUCACACAUUGUCGCCGGAGAAGAGCACCUCAACCAGCAUCACACUUGGGAAUCAAUUUCUCAGAAGUAUUGGUGGAGAGGUAUCCUGAAGCAGGUGAAGGACUACAUGAGACAGUGCAGCCAGUGCCAGAGUAGACAGGACCGGCGAGGGCUGUCAGAGGACGGUGGCGGAUCCAGAUUGGUGGGCCGACCAGGGAGACCAAGGAAGGUCACAACCCCAGCCAGUGACGACGAGGAGGAGGAGGAGGAGGAGGAGGACAUUGUGACUUCCAGUCAUCACAAGACCAAGAGCCUGAAGACUGUGGCAAAACACGAACUGGUCUUUGUGGACAGUAAGGGGUUGGUGAAGCAGUACCUUCCCAGACAUGGGCAGACGAUGCUGGACAAGCUGAACCAGCAGCGCCUCAACAACCAGUUCUGUGACGUCACGCUGCUGAUCGAAGGGGAGGAGCACAGGGCUCACAAGGCUGUGCUGGCCGCCUGCAGCGACUACUUUAAUGAGCUGUUUAUAGAGAAGGGAGCUGUGUCCAGUCAUGAAGCGGUGGUCGACCUCUCAGGUUUCAGCAAGGUCACUUUCCUUCCCUUGCUGGAGUUUGCCUACACCUCCAACCUCUGCUUCAACUUCUGCGUGAUGGCCGACGUGGCCACGCUGGCCCGGCACCUUCUGAUGGCCGAGGUCCUUCAGAUCUGUGAGUCCGUCCACAAGAAGGUAGAGGAGCAGAAGCUGAUGGUGUACCAGCAAGGAGACAUCCACACGGUGGUGUCCAGCCAGCCUGCACCCCAACAGGCCCUGAAUGAAGACACCUACAUUAUGACCAUCGGGAGCGACGGCCAUACCGUGGUGACUCACACUGGGCUUGCUGGAGAAGGGGACGCCCUGGACUCCUUGGCUGUCAUGGCCCACGCAGCAGAGGCCUUCGGAGGUGAUCCGAUGUCUGUAGUCACCCAGGCUCUGGGAGGUGAACCAGGGGAGAGUAUGACUGUGGUUGGGGAGGCUGGGUCAGAGACGGUGACUCUAGUCACCCACAGUAGCCAGGCCCAGGCAGGUGAGACGGUCACCCUCUUCUCCCCUACUGGAGGGGCAGAGACCAUGACGGUGGUCACCCACAGCGGCCAGGCCGGAGCCAGUGAGUCCCUGGCCGUGGUGUCAGCCUGUCUGGCCCUGGAGCAGCAGCUGCAUGAAGGGGACGAGGGGGACGGGGCCUUCCUCAUCAGCGUGGACCCAGGGAAGGGGGCCCCUACUGAGGUGGUCCACCUGGCUGUAGCGCCACCUGUAGUCCAGGAAGACCCAACACCACAGGAGGAGGAGACGUCAGCAUCAGGGCACCAGAAGGUGGAUCCAGCCCUCCAGGCCGAGCCCCAGCCUCCCCCUGCUCCCCAACCCCCCAAGAGAAAGAGAGGACGUCCUGCCAAGGUGAAGCAGGAGGUGAUAGAGGACCCAGAGCCUCCUGUCAAGGAGGAGGUGCCAGAGCCGGUCUCUACUCCUGCAGAGGAGGUGCAGGCGGAGAUUCAGGGGACCCAUGACCCCUAUAAGAGACGGCUACGGCAGCGCUCCAUGGGGGAGGGGGGGUAUGUCAGACUACACAUGGGGCUGGAGGAGGACGGAGAGGACAAGAAGGAAGGCCAGACCCCCCAGUGUCCCAGCACCCCCAAGAAGAGGGGUCGACCCGCCAAGAGACUAGUUGAAGAGAUGGAAGCUGCGGCGGCGGUGGCAGGGAUGGAGAAUGUUGUCCAGGCAGAGACCGAGGGCGUCCUAUCAACAGACGGCAUUGUAGAUGGAACACCCAUCACAGAGCAGCCCGUGGGGGAGGGGCCAGGUCAAGGCCCCGCCCAGCCAGACGGAGGGAGCUUGGUGGAGGGAGAACACACCUGUUCAGAGUGUGGACUGACGUUUCACAGGCGCUACGCUCUCAUCAUGCACACACUCAGACACGAGAAGACCAGAGGAUACAAGUGCAGUUUGUGUAACAAGGAGUUCCAGUACGCUGCCUCUCUGAGAGCCCAUCUGGCCAGACACAAGCACCAGAAGAGCCAGAGGCCCACCCUGGCUAGGGUCCCCUUGUCCCAUGGUGAGGAGGGCCUCGAGGGGGACGGCAGGGCCAAGGGACGCACCAAGAGAGAGUUUGUCUGUGACAUCUGUGGAAAGACCCUUCCUAAGCUGUACUCGCUGAGGAUCCACAUGCUUAAUCACACAGGGGUACGGCCCCACUCCUGCAGGGUUUGUGGGAAGACGUUUGCUCAUAAACACAGCCUGAAGAUGCACAGAGGUCUACAUGACGCUGUUAAACAGUUCCACUGUCUGCUCUGUGACAAGUCCUUUGUUAGUAAGAGAAGUCUGGAGGAGCACACCAGCAUUCACACAGGUGAAUCGAAGUAUCUGUGCACCCAGUGUGGGAGGUCGUUCCACAGAGCCUCUGGUCUGAGUAAACACCUAAAGAGACACCAGCCCAGACCUGACGUACGAGGGUUCCCCUGUAAUCACUGUGAUAAGAGUUUCUUUGAGGCCAAAGACCUGCAGCAGCACAUGAACAAGCACCUGGGACUCAAGCCCUUCCAGUGUCAGGUGUGUGGGAAGUGUUACAGCUGGAAGAAGGACUGGUACUCCCAUGUCAAGUCCCACAGCGUGGCUGAGCCUUACAAGUGUAAUGUGUGUGGUAAGGAGUUCUUUGAGAAAGCUCUGUUCAGGAGACACGUGAAGAAGGCGACGCAUGGCAAGAAGGGCAGAGUAAAGCAGAACCUAGAGCGAGAGUGUGAACACUGUGGCAGGAAGUUCACCCAGCUCAGAGAGUACAGGCGACACAUGAACAACCACCAAGGAGUCAAACCCUUUGAGUGUCUGACGUGCGGCGUAGCCUGGGCCGACGCCCGCUCCCUGAAGCGCCACGUGCGCACCCACACCGGCGAGCGCCCCUACGUGUGCCCCGAGUGCCAGGAGGCCCACAUCGACGCCCGCUCCCUCCGCAAGCACAUGACCAAAUACCACGGCGACCUCCUGCCGGGGAAGAUCAUGCUGGAGAAAGAUACGCUACAGUUCCACAACCAGGGUACUCAGGUCGAACACGCCGUCUCCAUCCUGGCGUCCGAUCUCCCCCCCGAGCUCCGGCCCGCCCAGCCGCUGCCGGCCGAGGAGAUCGAGACUGUUCUGAUCACGGAGGAGACUGUGGAGGCGGUAGAAGCGGUUCAGGCCGUUCAAGGUGACGGGGUCACCUUGUCAGACCAGAGCAUCAUGCAGGUGGUGAACUAUGUGCUGUCUCAGCAGAGUGUGCUGCCUGGGGGGGUGAAGAUGGAGGAGCAGGAGGUUAUACAGACCAUGGAGGUGGAGGUGGCCCACGUGGCAGAGGUGGAGUGAUGUGACAGACCACCUAGUGGACAGGAAGACUGACUCAGACAGUCACUAGUGACUCUAGUAUCCCUAACCCUGAACCAGGCGAAGUGACUAGUAUCCCUAACCCUGAACAGGUGAAGUGACUAGUAUCCCUAACCCUGAACAGGUGAAGUGACUAGUAUCCCUAACCCUGAACAGGUGAAGUGACUAGUAUCCCUAACCCUGAACAGGUGAAGUGACUAGUAUCCCUAACCCUGAACCAGGUGAAGUGACUAGUAUCCCUAACCCUGAACCAGGUGAAGUGACUAGUAUCCCUAACCCUGAACCAGAUGGGCAGGUGAAGUGACUCUAGGAUUAUGUGGCUCCUCUAAGGUAUAUUAUAUAGGGAAUAAGGUGCCAUUUGAGAUCCUAACCCAGGUGGACAGGUUGAGUGAACACAGGCCUAUCACAGACACCUGGGUGGUGUUCAGUAGGGCACACCGUAGCAAAACAACAAUCUGUGUUCUUAUUGGACAAAUUCAGGUACUGCUCCCUAGUUUUUUCCCCAAUUGAACAGGCCCCUGUGCUGCCUCAACCUAGAGACAGUAACCCUAUCACACUCUUCUGUCUGCAGUGGACAGAGUUACAUUUUUUACUAUAUAUAUAUAUAUAUAUAUACAUAUAUAUAUUAAACGAACUGAGUUGACUUUCUGCUCAAUCCAAUCUUGUGUAUAUGUAAAUAGUGGCAGUCAUUAAAAUAUUCUGUAUUAAUAAUCUGGAUCAUUUUGCUGCGUUCAUGAGUCUCACCAGACCAUUGAAUCUCAGCUGUUUGUUUCAUUAAAUUAUAAAAUAAUCCA